AGACGACGCUCGUUGCUCGAAGCUGCCCCCAUCUCGUACCUUCAGCUUCGUAUUGCCCAAUCCCCUAUCAUGACCAGCGCAUUGUCACCACGUCGUCCUGGAGGCCAUCCUCAGACGCAACCCAUCGCUGCUCAUGCCUCACAGCUCAACAAUGGCUCCCUCUCAACAAGCAGCAGCCGACGAUCCGCGAUGACUCUUAGCAACAACGCCAGCGUCUCCUCGGAGGCCCCACCUCACAUCAUAGAUGGGCCCAAUGGUCGUAUCCUUUGCAUCGCUGACGUCCGAGGCAACGUGAAGUCCUUGAACGCUCUCGCCUCUGAGCACAAUGCCGUUGCCAUUCUACACACGGGUGAUUUCGGCUUCUACACCAGGGAGAGUAUCGAGAGAAUCAGCGACAAAACGCUUCGACACCUCGUCCAGUACUCGUCCCUCAUCCCUCAACAGCUACGCAGCAAGCUCUUGGCAGCGGAUGCCAGUCGUGGGCCGCCAAAUGCCCCAGGCGCUUCAGCUGCUUCGCAAAUGCGAUCACAGAUCAUGGCGAAUCCAUCGCCUCUCCUCUCUGAGUUCCCAAUGCUCUUGGACGGGUCGCUCAAGCUCGAAGUCCCGGUCUUCACGGUAUGGGGAGCAUGCGAGGACGUUGGUGUGCUCGAGCGCUUCCGAACGGGCGAGUAUCGGGUGCACAAUCUACAGGUUCUCGACGAGGCAACGACGAGGGCUAUUGAGGUCGGCGGCGUGCGACUGAGGCUCUUUGGUCUGGGUGGCGCCGUCGUCAUGCACAAGCUCUUCGACAAUGGUGAGGGAGCAGCGACGAUUGCCGGUGGGCAGGGUACCAUGUGGACCACCAUUCUACAGAUUGGCGAGCUUAUCGACACAGCACAAAAGACCUUCGAUCCUACGGAGACUCGCAUUCUCAUCACGCACGCCUCUCCAGGACGAGAGCCAAUCCUCACCCAAGUCGCAUUGGCAGUCAAGGCCGAUCUCACCCUCUCUGCCGGCCUUCACUUCCGUUACGGCAUCUCAUACAAUGAGUUCUCAGUCCAGCACGAUAUGGAGAAUUUCCGCAACAAGUUUCUUCACGCAAAGAGCGCAUUCAACGAGAUCUGGGAGACGGUCAAGACGCAGGUCGACGAGGUAAUAGACGACAAUCAGCGCAUCCUCCUCAACCAUGCCCUCGCUGCUACCAAUCGGGUUCCUCCCCUCGCCACGGCGACGGGCGCUGCGAGCGAGGAACCGGCUUGGAAGAAUACGUGGAAUUGGAAUUUGCCAGAUGCGGCGUUCGGAUCCUUGGUGCUCGACAUCAAGGAUGGGCGCAUUGCCUCAGAGACCAAAUCCCAAGGCUUCAACUUCGCGUCGAGGAAAGCAAGUACGCCCCAAAUGGCUCAGCCCGGCACAUCUGCCACCCCCGCCGUUGCCUCGGCUGUGUCCGGCCCGACCAACGGCAAGGGAUUGGCGGCGGCAUCCGCAAAACCAAGCCCAGUCUCAGCCGCAACCGCAGCUGCGAGCCCUCGCAAUCCGCCCUCUGGCCCGGCAAGCGCAGCCAGCCCCUCAGUCUUUGCGAGAGGCAACCCAUCCAAAGGCCCUGCGAACUCUAACGUCGCGCGUCCUGCCGGUGGCCAGCUCCAUCACCAGCGAUCCGGCACUAAUGGCUCCGCACCAGCGCAGAGCGACGGUGAACAGGGCAAAGCGAAACAGCUCGCUUACAAGCACGAGCGUCUAGCAAAAGAUGCUGAGAAGAAGGGUUCUGAAGCGGCGGUGGGGCCAAAUGAAGCUGCUGGUGCGGCGACGGAGUCAUCGACGACGAGCCUGGGUGCUCCAACGGCGGCGACCAAGAGCAAGAGGCCCCGCGGUGGCAAGAACAAAGGAUCCAAGGGCGGCGCGCUUGGUGAGAGUGGAACUGGUGGAGAGACGUCCGGAGCAGAAGGCUUAACGAGUGGGGGUGAGGGUCCCGCGAAGAAGGAGGGAGGCAAGGGUACUAAGAAGAAGGAUGAUAAGCAGCAGACGGAGUCGAAGCCGGCUGGUGCCAGUGAAGGCGAGAAGGCCGCAGCAGGUGGAGCAACAGCGUCUGGUGAGAGUACACUUGGUGGCACCAGAUCUGGCGAUGAGAGCGGCAAGGAGGGCGCAGCGUCUGGCCGUGGGGCUCGCGGAGGACGUAGCGGUGGGCGUGGUGGUGCAGGGCGUAGUGGCAGUGGGCGUGGCGGUAAAGGGCCUCGAAGCGGUGGGUUGAACAGCGAUGGAGGCGCCGCCACUGAGGGAGGCAACUCUUCUUCUGCUCCCGCCAAAGCUAGCUCCGGGCCGUCAGCAUGACCAGCAACAGGAGCAGUCCUAUCACCAGCUGGCAGUCCUACCACAUCGCCCGAGCCGUCGCCGACUUGAUCGAGAACUGACUAACGAGACCGCCGACUCUCUUUCUUUACGUGCUCGAUCACUCUCAUGUCGCUCGAAUUGACUUGCGUACGCCUUCCAACGUAGUCAGCAUACAUUUCAAUUCCAAAUAUGAUACCUCCUGCUGGUCG